UCGCGUGACAUCUGCGCGUGACUGUCUCCAUCUUUUGGAAGCUUUUUUCGUUAUCAAAAUGUAUGUAUUUGACAUUUUCAGCAGCACAGUACAUUUUGUAAUUUGGUCAUCAAUUCGUCAGCAGUUGAUUAAAUAUUGUAAAAAAUGACUAGCCAAACUCAAGGAAUCCAGCAAUUGCUUGCUGCUGAGAAAAAAGCAGCAGAAAAAGUAUCCGAAGCACGAAAACGCAAGGCAAGAAGAUUGAAGCAAGCUAAGGAUGAAGCUACUGAGGAAAUUGAGAAAUAUCGUCAAGAAAGGGAAAAGCAAUUCAAGGAAUUCGAGGCCAAGCAUAUGGGCUCUAGGGAAGGAGUUGCAGCCAAAAUCGAUGGUGAUACUCGCAUCAAAUUGGAUGAAAUGAAUCGUGCAAUUCAGUCGCGAAAGGAACCUGUUAUCAAUGAAAUCUUGCAAUUCGUUUACUCGAUUGAACCUGAAAUGCAUAAGAAUUACCGCAAGCAGUAAAUGUUGAGAACAUAAUUGUAAAAAGUAUUAAUUGCGUAGUUAAUGUUUGAUGUUUAUUAAAAAAUAAUAAUUUCCUUGUGCGUUUGAAACGUUAAAAAUACAA